UAAACAAGAUGGCGGCCCCCGGGAGCGGUCCCCAGGGAGGCAGGAGCACUUCACCACCUGAGGCGCAGUCGAUCUCGCUGCACUCCGAGAAUGAGCGUCAGUGUUUCUCCACUACUUUUCCCAUGGGGCAGAGGCCGAAAAAUGCUUUCCACAAAACCUCCUCCUACCUUCUCCGCCAGCUCAUUCACCGCUAUCGGAGGCUGGACGCAGAAGAAGACGAGGACCAGAAACAGGCCGAAGUGGAAUCGGAGGAGUCCUCAGAGUCCGAAAUGCUGAACCUGGAGGAGGAAUUUGAUGGCGUCCUGAGAGAGGAGAUGGUGGCCGAGGCACUAUGCAAACUGGGCCGCUCUGGCUGUGGGACCGGGCAGGUCUACCUCAAUCUAACGUUAUCAGGGUGUGAUUUAAUUGACAUCAGCAUUCUCUGUGGAUACGUUCACCUACAGAAGUUGGAUCUUUCAGUAAAUAAAAUUGAAGAUUUGUGUUGUGUGAGUUGUAUGCCUUAUCUUCUAGAACUUAACGCUUCUCAAAAUAAACUGACCACGUUCUUCAACUUCAAGCCACCUAAAAAUCUCAAGAAGGUGGAUUUUUCCUACAACCAAAUUUCUGAAAUGUCUGACCUGUCUGCGUACCAGGCUCUCACUAAGCUAAUUUUGGACAGCAAUGAAAUCGAAGAAAUCAAAGGACUGGAGCUGUGCAGUAACCUAACUCACCUCAGCUUGGCCAAUAACAAGAUCAUAACAAUUAAUGGCUUAAGCAUGUUACCAAUCAAAAUCCUUUGUCUGAGCAAUAACCAGAUUGAGAAGAUCACAGGUCUGGAGGACCUGAAAGCACUACAGAAUCUGGAUCUGUCCAACAAUCAGAUCAGUAGCCUCCAAGGCUUAGAGAACCACGACCUCUUGGAAGUGCUCAACCUAGAGGAUAAUAAGAUUGCUGAGCUGCGUGAAAUAGAAUACAUUAAAGAUCUACCUCUCCUUAGAGUUCUCAGUCUUCUGAGAAACCCAAUUCAGGAAAAAUCUGAUUACUGGCUCUUCGUAAUUUUUAUGCUGCUACGGUUAACCGAAUUAGAUCACAAGAAGAUUAAAGUGGAAGAAAAGGUUUCGGCAGUGAAUAAGUAUGACCCUCCCCCGGAAGUGAUCGCUGCUCAAGAUCACCUGACCCAUGUUGUAAACAGCAUGAUGCAGCCACAGAGAAUUUUUGACAGCACCCUGCCUAGCCUGGAUGCUCCCUAUCCCAUGCUGAUACUGGCUGGUCCUCAAGCUUGUGGGAAACGAGAACUUGCCCACCGCCUCUGCAGACAGUUUAAUGCCUACUUCAGAUAUGGGGCCUGUCACACAACAAGACCUCCUUACUUUGGAGAAGGGGAUCGAGUGGAUUAUCAUUUUAUCUCUCGGGAAGUUUAUGAUGAAAUGCUAAGCAUGGGGAAGUUCAUUCUAACGUAUAAUUAUGGUAAUCACAGUUAUGGGCUAAAUAGGGACACUGUGGAAGGCAUUGCCAGAGACGGUUUAGCCAGCUGUAUUCAUAUGGAAAUAGAAGGGGUAAGAAGUUUGAAAUGUUCCUACUUUGAGCCUCGAUACAUCCUGGUGGUGCCCAUGAACAAGACGAAAUAUGAGGGGCACUUGCGGAGAAAAGGACUGUUCAGUCGGGCAGAGAUUGAAUGUGCCAUCUCCAGAGUGGAUCUUUAUAUUAAUAUGAACGAGAAAUUCCCAGGCUAUUUUGACGCAGUCAUCAAUGCAGAUGAUCUGGAUGCUGCCUACCAGAGGCUGAGCCAGCUCAUUAGAGAAUACCUUGGAUUGACCGAAGAACCUGCCAAGGGCUUGGCACCAACCACAGCAGGAGCUUCCUCUAGCAAGAAGACCCUCUCUGGGGUACCAGCACACCUGGUUCCGUCCCCAAGGCGCUUGGCGAAGCUGCAGGCAGACGGCCAGGUAACAGAGCACCUCUCUGGAAUACAGAUUCACUUGAAGGCACCUGAAAGUCAGCCCCUGGCUCCCUCCCAGAACCAAGAGCCAACUCAGGAGGAAGAGACCCAUAAAGAAGAGCUUUCUCCCAAUAGCCAUGUCAGUCCCGAGCCUCCUCAACAGCUCAGCUCGACAGGACUUGGGAUUCCCCAGCAAGCCCAAGACUUAGCCCCAAACCAGGAAGAAGGGGGUAUUCAACAGCCAGGUCUUUCUCCAAAGCCACUAACCACAGAUUUCCCUGAAAAUGAGGCGCUGUCAUCUGAGGUAAAAGCCAGUGAGGUAGGGCUGUCUUCCCCCACCCCUCCCCAGGUGCCUCCGAAGCCAGACCAGGAUAAGGAAUCGGGGGAGGCCAAAGUGGCCCCCACCAGCCCUCCCCUGUCUCCUGGAAAUUCCCACAACCCCCUAAAGGAAGAAACCCCCAAAGCAGAAGUCCACGUCAGCACUCCUUACCCAGAGCUGCCUCAUCCCCAAGACUCAUCAGCGGAUGCAAAACAGACCCAGGACAGGGAUGACCCAGGGACUUCGCUCCCACGGAGCCGGCUGGCCCCCACCAGGCUGCCUCAGCCUCGGACCCUUGCUCCCCUGCAGAGCCGCCGGCCCAUGCCCAAACUCCUGACUCCCAGCAGGGAGGAGGCUCCGGGAGCAGGCCCUGAUCAGACCCUGACGCCCUCUCCUAGGCCUGGGCCCGCUCAGGAGGGAGACUCCAGCAAACUUCCUCCCAUCAGCCUGCCCCAGCCCAAACCCCCACAAAACCCCAGCAGCAACGCAGCCCAUGAUCCCCAGUCCGUCCAGGAAGAGAGAGCCAAUGAGGUGAAACUCCCUCCCAUUCGCCCACCCGUCCAGGGGCCUGCGCCCCAGCUCAGCUCCCAGGCGCCCCAAGACGAGGAGGCUCUGAAAGUGAAGCUGCCUCUCAUUGCUCCUCCUUCCUUGGAACCACAGCUGCCCCAGGACAUGGGAGCUCAGCAGGAUGGGAGGCCUGCAAAGGAAAAGAAAGCCCCCAGAGUGGGCCAUGCCUCUGGCAGGAAGAUUUCAGAUAGGCUGGUUUCCCCCCAGACCCGAGAGCCAGCGGGAGCUGGGAAAAAAAAACUCCCUAUCCAAAGAGAGACAGCUAAAGGGUCAGUGCAUCUGAAAAAGGCUCUGCCUGGGGGUCAUCAGACAGCUUUGCAGGUAGAAUCCCGUAGGAAGCCCACUCCGGCAAAGGUGCCCGGCCACCAAAACCCCAGCCCUCAUCAGAGCCCUCGGGGAAACGAGAGAAGAGAAAUCCAUGAACCUUCGGGUGCCCCUGAGCCACCCGUCGGUGAGCCAUUGCCGAAGGAUGUCCCCUUACAGGAAGAGCAGAGUGAGAAGGACCGUCAUCCUGGAACAGAGGUCCAUCCCCAGAAGAAAGAACCUCUUCAUAAGAAGGGGAGGCCUCAGAAGACAGAGCCAGUUUCCGAACCCUCAGAGCGAGAAAGCGAGGCCCCCACCCAGCUGCCUGUCACAGAGACACAAGCCCCUAAUGGGACCAGCCAGACCAGGGAGGGCUCUGUCCAAAGGGACAAUGCAGCAGCUACCAAGCAGCCAGCCAAAGACAGACAGACCCAGAAAAAUGGAGGAGUAGCCCAGGGCCAAAGCCCGGCUGCUCCGCAAAGCCAGCUGUCCACUGAGGGGCAGGGCAGCUGGCAAGGACGCCUGCGAGCCAGGGGCAGUCAGAGCACCAAGGUCUAG